AUGAGAAAAGGAAAAGAUAACAACGAUCCUAUGUCUACAAGAAUCGAAAAGAAAAUCAUUUUGGAGAUGUUAAAAGAAAAUGAUUGCCAAACAUUAGAAGAAUUGAAAAAUUUAGUUCUUUUUUUAAAUAAUGAAAAUAAAAGAUUACAUAAUGUUAAUAUGGAUUCUUUAAAAAAAAUAAAUAUACUUAGUGUAAGGGUUAAGAAUUUGGAAAAAAUAUCAAAGAAAUAUGAUCAAUUUUAUACAAACAAAAAGGAAUAUAAAAAGAAAUUAAAGGAAUUGAAAAGGAAAAGUAUCACCCUCAAAAAUUAUACAAUGGAUAAAGAAAAUGAAUACAAUAAAAUGUGUGAAGAACGUGAUCAAUACUUUAAGAACUUGUUUAAAAACUUAAAUAGAAAAAUUGAAUAUACCUUUACAUGUGAUAAUGAAAAUAUCUAUGAUGAUUCAGAUAGCAAUUCUAUAUAUACUAAUAGUAAUCAAAAUGACGACAAUAUAUCUUACAGUAAUAAAAAUAUAAAGAAUGACAAUCUUUCUUCAUCUUCAAUAUCUAAAAAUAGUAAUAAUACAAAGAAUAGUUCAUACAAUGAAACGAAGAGUAUAUAUGAUGAUAAAAAUGUAAAUGAUGAUAAAAAUGUGAAUGAUGAUAAAAAUGUAAAUGAUGAUAAAAAUGUAAAUGAUGAUAAAAAUGUAUAUGAUGAUAAAAAUAUAUAUGAUGAUAAAAAUGUAUAUGAUGAUAAAAAUAUAUAUGAUGAGAAAAAUAUAUAUGAUGAUAAAAAUAUAUACGAAGAAAAUAAUGAUAAUACAAAUGUAUAUCAAAUGAAAAAUAAAACUUAUCAUAAGAAAAAUUCAUUACAAAAUAUUACAAUAUAUACUUCUAUAAAUAAAAAUGACAUCUUAAAGGACAUAAAUAAAAUAAAUGAAAAAAGUCCUGCCCACAUAAAUAAUUCAGAUAUAUAUCAAAUAUCAAAUGAUGAAAAAAAAAAUAAUAAUAUAUAUAAUAAUAUCGAACACAUAAAAAGCCUAUGCGAGUCUUAUAAGAAUUAUGAUAAUGAUCAUUUAUUAUAUUAUAAAAAAUAUAGUCAUUCAAAAGAAGACAUUCAUAAUUAUCCUCUAUUAAAUAAUGCUAAAAGAUCACAACUCGAAAAUAAUAAUAAUAAUAAUAGUAAUAAUAAUAAUGACUUCUUAAACACACUAAAUAAUAAUAUAAAAAAUAGCAUAAGUGAAAUGGAAUCAAGUAAAAAAAAAAAAAAAUCAAAUUUGCUUAUUACAAAUGAAAUAGAAAAUAAAUUAUCAAAUAUUCAAAUAAAUGAUACAAAUAAAAUAAAUGAAAGUAAUACCAAACAAUAUGGACAAAAAACAAAAGGAAAUAAAAUAGGAAAUCAUAAAAUUAAUAUAAAAGAAAAAUUAAAUGACUUAAUUGAAAAUAUAUACCUCAAAAAUGAUAAAAGGGAAAAUAUUAAUAAUAUGGAUAAUAUAAAUAAUAUAGAUAAUAUGAAUAAUAAGGACAAUAUGAAUAAUAUCAAUAAUGUUGAUAAUAUAAACAAUUUACACAGUACUGAUAAUAUAAAAAAAGAUAAACUACAAAAGGAUCAUAUGGAAACACCUCCUAUUCAUAAAUCACCUAUUACAAGAAAAUCAAAAAAUAAUAUUAUAGAUAUAUUAAACAAUAAAAUGAAUAUUACUUCUUUAGAAAAUGUAGAUACUAGCACACCAAAAUAUGUUAAAUAUAAUACUAUUCAUAGAGAAAUUAUGAAUCCUCGCCAGCAUUUUUUUAAUCAAAAUAAAUCUUCCAUCGACCACAUUAUUUGUUUAUAA